UCACGUGGACCAGACCAUUCCCCCAAACCCGAACACUGCGCUUUCCAUCAGUGCUAGGGAACAGAAAGAGAGAGAGAGAGGGGGAAAAAGAACAUACACCUGUUCUCGUGGAAACACGAUCAACAAAUGAUUUAUUGAAACGCUAAGAAUGCAAGUUCCCUUGUCACUUCGUAAAUCGGCGUAGGCAGCCUGUCUCGACCUGAACAGAGGGGUCGGUCUCUCUUUCUCUCUCCCGUUGCGUUUGGUGCCGUCUCGUAGUUUUUCCCCGCGCCUUCUGCGUCCCUCGCGCUCCCCACAACGAGGCUUCGGGAGAGACACGGCGUUGGAUUACACCCGGCGAAGGGAGAAGGAGACACGAACCGAAGGAUAAAACGCAAAAGGGGGGGAAACCUGUGCCGAGGUAGAAAUGAGCCAAAUGGUUGUCUUUGGAACCGUCUGAAUGCGCUCACAGCGGAGGAGAUGCCGGGCUGGAAGAAGAACAUGCCCUCUUGCCUCCAGGCAGAGGAGGAAGCAGAUGAGGGGCCAUACUCAAAGUCCUCCAGCCUCUCCAGGCCGUCAGAUGGGGCACUGGCCGUCAGGAGACAGAGUAUCCCAGAGGAGUUUAAGGGCUCCUGCCUGGUGGAGCUGAUGAAGAAGGAGGGCACCACGCUGGGCCUCACCGUCUCCGGCGGCAUCGACAAGGACGGCAAGCCCCGCGUGUCCAACCUGCGCCAGGGAGGCAUCGCAGCCAGGAGUGAUCAGCUGAACGUAGGAGACUACAUUAAGUCUGUGAACGGGAUCAACCUGGCCAAGUUCCGGCACGAUGAGAUCAUCAGCCUGCUGAAGAACGUGGGGGAGAGGGUGGUGCUGGAGGUGGAGUACGAGCUCCCGCCCGUCUCUCUCCAAGGCUCAGGGGUCAUGUUUAAAACCGUGGAGGUCACACUGCACAAAGAGGGCAACUCGUUCGGCUUUGUCCUGCGAGGGGGGUCCCACGAGGACAGGAACAAGUCCCGCCCCGUUGUCAUAUCAACCGUGCGUCCAGGAGGCCCUGCUGACAGGGAGGGCACUAUGAAGCCUGGGGACCGGGUGCUGAGCAUCGACGGGAUUCGUCUCCACGGAGCCACGCACACGGAGGCCAUGAGCAUCCUGAAGCAGUGCGGGCAGGAGGCCACGCUGCUGAUCGAGUACGACGUGUCCGUCAUGGAUUCGAUAGCCACGGCGUCAGGUCCUCUCCUGGUGGACGUGGUGAAGUCCAUGGGCUCCAGUCUGGGACUGGCCUUAUCUACCUCUGUGUACUGCAACAAGCAGGUGGUCAUCAUCGAGAAGGUCAAGCCUGCCAGCAUCGCCGACAGGUGUGGGGCGCUGCACGCGGGUGACCACAUCCUGUCGGUGGACGGCACCAGUAUGGAGUUCUGCUCCCUGGCCGAGGCCACUCAGCUGCUGGCCAGCGCCUGUGAGCACGUCAAGAUGGAGAUCCUCCCCCACCACCAGACCCGGCUGGCCCUCAAAGGGCCCGAGCAAGUCAAGGUGCAACGCAGCAACAGGCCCCUGCCCUGGGACUCCUGCACCACCAACAGCAACAGCAACUAUCUCCCGUACCAGCACUACAACACCUACCACCCCGACGCCCGCCCCCAGGGCUCCAAGCACCACAAAUCCUCUCCCAACAGCUUCACGCUGGGCUCCUCCUUCUCUCCGUCCUCCAUGAGCGCGUACAGCCUGAGCUCCCUGAACGUCAACACGCUGCCCCGCAGCCUGUACCCCGCUAGCCCCCGCGGCACCAUGAUGAGGAGGAAACUCAAGAGGAAGGACCACAAGAGCUGCCUGUCCCUGGCCUCCAGCACGUUGGGUCUGUCGGGGCAGGUGGUGCACACUGAGAGCACGGAGGUGGUCCUCAUCUGUGACUCCAUCAUGGGUUUCGGCAUCCAGCUGCAGGGCGGGGUCUUUGCCACGGAAACGCUCAGCUCCCCCCCCCUCAUCGCCUACAUGGACCCGGACAGCCCAGCAGAGAGGAGCGGGAUCCUGCAGAUCGGAGACCGGAUCCUCUCCAUCAACGGCAUCCCCACGGAGGACAGCACCCUGGAGGAGACCAAUCAGAUGCUGCGGGACUCCGGCAUCACCAGCAAGGUCACCAUGGAGAUCGAGUUUGAUGUGGCAGAGUCGGUGAUCCCUAGUAGCGGUACCUUCCACGUUAAGCUGCCAAAGAAGCCGGGCGUGGAGCUGGGCAUCACCAUCAGCUCCCCGUCAAACAGGAAGCCGGGCGACGCCCUCAUUAUCUCGGACAUAAAGAAGGCCAGCGUGGCUCACAGGACGGGGACUCUGGAGCUGGGUGAUAAGCUGCUGGCCAUCGAUAACAUCCGCCUGGAGAACUGCUCCAUGGAGGACGCCGUGCAGAUCCUCAACCAGUGUGAGGACCUGGUCAAGCUCAAGAUCCGCAAGGACGAGGACAACUCCGACGAGCAGGAAGUGUCGGGCGCCAUCAUCUACACGGUGGAGCUGAAGCGGUACGGCGGGCCGCUGGGCAUCACCAUCUCCGGCACCGAGGAGCCCUUCGACCCCAUCAUCAUCUCCAGCCUGACCAAGGGAGGCCUGGCAGAGAGGACCGGGGCGAUCCACGUGGGGGACCGGAUCCUGGCCAUCAACAGUAACAGCCUGAAGGGGAAGCCCCUGAGCGAGGCCAUCCACCUGCUGCAGAUGGCGGGAGAGUCCGUCACCCUCAAGAUCAAGAAGCAGGGCGAGCUCACCAGCCCCAAGCAGUCUGGGGGCCCGGGGAACGAGCUGAACAGCCUGGAGGACGCCGAUCAGACCGGUCUCAAUCCAGGCAAAAUGGCCGACCUCUUCUCCAUCCCCGGUGUGGACGUCGCUGUGGACUCCUGGGACGGAUUGUCCGUUAACACGGCCGUCAAUAACCCGGUGUCGGGGUACCAGGCGGCGGGGUACAGCUUCCACAGUCACGAGUGGCGGAGUGCGAAGGCCCGGGGCAGUCCGUCGCCCGUCAGCGCCCCCCAGAGGAACAGCAGCGUACUGCAGGACCUGGGCCUGAGCGAUGAUGACUGGGAUCGGCCAAUAGCCAGCGGAACCACCUCCCUUCCCACCGGCUUAAUCACAGAUAGCAGGUUCACCGUGGGCCACGACGGGACAGAACCAGACCAGGAGGAGAACUUCUGGUCCCAGGCCCUGGAGGACCUGGAGACGUGCGGCCAGUCCGGGAUCUUGCGAGAGCUGGAGGCCACCAUCAUGUCGGGCAGCAGCCUGAGUCUGAACCAGGACCCGGCGCCCCGGGGCCGCUGCAGCCUGGGGAGGCAGUCCAGCUUCCAGGAGCGCGGCUCCAGCAGGCCCCAGUACAGCCAGGCCAGCCGCAGCAACACCCUGCCCAGCGACGCGGGCCGCAAGGCCUUCGCCAUGAGGAAGAUGAGGCAGGAGAUGAAGGACCUGCUGUCGCCCGUGCCCACGGAGCUGCACAAGGUCACGCUGUUCAAAGAGCCGGACGAGGAGGACUUUGGGUUCAGCGUGUCCGACGGGCUCCUGGAUAAGGGCGUGUACGUCAACAACAUCCGCCCCAGCGGCCCUGCUGAGCUGGGGGGCCUGAAGGCCUUCGACAGGCUGCUACAGGUCAACCACAUCCGGACGCGGGACUUUGACUCAUGCCUGGUGAUCCCGCUGAUGUCCGAAUCGGAGGACAAGCUGGACCUGGUGAUCAGCCGGGACCCCCUGGUCCCGCCGGGGCCCGCAGACCUGUCCCCGCUGCCCCCGGAGCCCCUGGAGGACUGGGGCGGGGCCGGGAGCCAUGGCAACGGCCAGGCCAACUGCCCCCGGCUCGCAGAACUGGAGAUCAGAGACUCCACCAAGACCUUAUAGCAGGGGUGCGGGUCUACCCCUAAACCCCCACAGAAAGAGCCGCCCCAUCCCAGUGUUCCCCAUGGAGGACCUGUCCAACAACCCCAAAACCCCCCUCCAAAAAGAGCCACCCCAUCCCAGUGUUCCCCAUGGAGGACCUGUCCAACAACCCCAAAACCCCCCUCCAAAAAGAGCCACCCCAUCCCAGUGUUCCCCAUGGAGGACCUGUCCAACAACCCCAAAACCCCCCUCCAAAAAGAGCCACCCCAUCCCAGUGUUCCCCAUGGUGCUAAUACCCCCCCUGGCAGAGUCUCUCUGGGUCCGAUCGGGGGCUGGAGCACACCCACCCAACUUGCCCCGGAGACAACCUGAGA